AUGUUGCAUGGCAAUGAUUUACAUAUGGCAAUUGAUGUUGUCAACGAUCAACAAUUAACACCAAUGCUGUCCAAUCAUUAUUAUGUGGAUAACAUGUUAAAUUAUGCUCCUAACAAUGAUAAUAUUAACAGUGACAAUACAGUUGAUGUUGAUAAUGAUAACAGUGGUGUCAAUGAUUUGAAUGAUAUGCAGAAGCAUUAUAGAACAACACGUAUUAUCAGAAGAAGGAAACGUUUUGCUACAGCUCAAACAUCACGAUGGGAUAAGAUGACAUCGGAUAAUGUACUCAAACUGAAAUGGUUCAUCAGUAGGUAUACACGUGAUAUACCACGUUCUGAAAUCAGGUAUUUCAUUUUACAAACCAUAUUUUACGAGUCAUUGUAA